AUCAGCAGCGCUAGGGAGGAAAACAAUACCGAAUCAAAACUUUUUGCAUAUAAAAAUGUGCAGCGGCUUCGAAAGUUUUUCAUUAGUGCUGAAUUUUUCGCUGGUCGGCAGACAGGUAAAAACGCUUUGUGUAACGUAAAACGAUUCGAGUGGAGGCAGCAAACGCAGCCACUUUUUUUUGCUCAAUUUCGCACAAAAGUCAAAACGUACCUUUUUGCUGUUCAACCGGCUGAGGAUGUAUCAAUUUGAAGUGAAUCGUAAAAAAGCCAUUGCAAAGGAGGCGACGCACAGCAACGGCCUCAGAAUGGCAUUACCUAUUCCAGCUUGGUUGAUGCUACUGACUGCUGUAAUGCUAUUUUUGUCGUCAUUAGGAGGAGUGAAUGCGACACCUGCUGCAUCUACUAAGAGCUUUAUGGAGGCUUGUCAAGAGCGGAACAAUAUCACUCAGGAGGAAUUGGAUCAGUUUCCCGAUGACCCAAGCCCCGAAGACGUUGAACAGAAGUUCAAAUGCUAUGCAAAUUGUCUGCUGGAUGGAAUGGGCAUUUUGGAUGAAAAUGGAAAAAUCAUGGCGGAUUCUAUGCACGAAUGGGGUAUAUUGAGUGAUGAAAGUUAUGAGAACAUGAUAGAAUGCAAAGCGGCAAAUGACAUGGAGGAUGAUCCGUGCGAGUAUAGUUUUGGAAUUGUUAUCUGUGCGCGAGUUAAUAUUGAACAUCACAGUGAUGAGAUCGAGCCGAUCGAAGAAGAGCGCCGGAAGUGAAUAACAAAAUUAAAAAAAAUAAAAAUAUGUAUUAGAAAAAUUAAAAAGAAAAAUGUUUUUAUACAUAUAUUUUCCUCUUUAGAAUUUUUAAAAUUAACGAAGAACUCGAAUACUUUAGUUUGGGCGAUUCAAUUAAACUGUCUAAUGUAUGUUGAAUAUUUCUGGCUGUUCCUAGCUGGAAAGCGAUAUAAUAAAUAUAAAUAAUUAAUGAUUAUGUAUGUAUGUAUAUAUAUAUAUUAAAAUACAUGACUCUUUCUUAUUUCGCCAAUAUCUAUUCAGAGGAAUCUUGCCACCAAAUCGAAUGUAAGAAAUUAAUAUCCAGCUUUUUCUUCAUUUCUUCAUCAUUUGAAGAACCUACUGUGGAGAGCUUUCUGCCUUUCUGUUUGCCCUUCAGUAGUCCCAUUACACCCAAGAAUUAAACCAUCAAAAUUCCAUGUAAAAUCGGUGGCUUAC